AUAAAAAUGUCUUCUAAAUUGUUUUAUUAUUAUUUUUUCGGGCUUUUUUUUAUAACGGACCGAGUCUCCUUUUUGAAAUAAUUAAUUUUACAUACCCAAGUCGGGUUCUUAAUAUUGACGACUAAUGUAAUCAAGCAGUGUUAGAAUUAUUUUUAAAAACUUGAAAUGUCCGAGUGGGAAAAUUGGUUCGAGAUCGCCAAACAGUGCAAAUAUUUACCAGAAAACGAUUUAAAGAAAUUGUGUCAGAUCGUAUGUGAUUUGUUGAUUGAAGAAGCUAACAUUCAGCCGGUCAGCACUCCAGUAACAGUUUGUGGAGAUAUCCAUGGACAAUUCUACGAUUUAGAAGAAUUGUUUAGAAACGGAGGCCAAGUUCCCGAUACCAAUUAUGUGUUUAUGGGUGAUUUCGUUGACCGUGGAUACUACAGCCUGGAAUCUUUAACUAGACUUUUAACCCUAAAAGCAAAAUGGCCACAUCGCAUUACAUUACUUCGAGGCAAUCAUGAAUCCAGACAAAUCACACAAGUCUAUGGAUUUUAUGAUGAAUGUAUGAACAAGUAUGGAAAUGCAAAUGUAUGGAAAGAAUGUUGUAAAGUUUUUGAUUUAUUGUCAGUUGCAGCGUUAAUAGAUGAAGAAGUAUUUUGUGUACAUGGUGGUUUAUCUCCUGAUAUUUCAACAUUAGAUCAAAUCAGAGUAAUUGAACGCAAUCAAGAAAUUCCAUAUAAAGGUGCAUUCUGUGAUUUAGUGUGGUCUGAUCCAGAAGACAUUGAAAAAUGGACAAUUAGCCCCCGAGGAGCAGGAUGGUUAUUUGGAUCUAAAGUCACUGAAGAAUUUAUGGAAAAAAAUCAGUUGGAACUGAUUUGUAGAGCACAUCAAUUGGUCAAUGAAGGGUUUAAAUAUAUGUUUAAUGAUAAACUUGUAACUGUAUGGUCAGCACCUAACUACUGUUAUCGGUGUGGUAAUGUUGCAUCCAUAAUGGAAUUUUCUACUGUUCAUGACCGCAAGCCAAUAUUGUUUAAUGCCGUUCCUGAUGAACAACGUGUUAUUCCAGAUAAGGCUGCAACCCCUUACUUUUUGUGAUAAAAAUAUGAUUAUUACUCAUUAGUAUGCUGCUUGAAACACUCAUGAAGCACAAUUUUAUGGUGUAUUAGUAUCAUGAAAUAAUUAUAUGGUGUUAUUUUUAAAUAUUUUAAAUAUUUUUAUUAGUUUAAAAAUUAUUAUUAUUAAUGUAAUGAAAAUAAAUUAUUUUAUAACCAUUUAUUGUAUUGUUAAAAUUGCUUCAUAAUUAAAUUAUUUUUAAAAUUAAAAAAAA